AUGGACAUUAGGAACUACUUUAAUAAGCCCGAAGGAACGUCUGAUAACAAAAAACACGCGAAAAAGGAAACCGGGGUCACCAAGGGACAACCGAAGAAACGAGAGGGAAAAAGGCGUGUCAAUGGUGGGUCCGAUGAGGAAGUAGGUUCUAAAAUCAAGAAAAGUCAGGAAGUAGAGGUCGUGGGAAAAAACGCGAAAAGGAGUCAGAAAAAAAUAAAGGUUGAGGAAGUUCCUAAUGAAAUUUCUCCGAGCGAUUACUUUUCGGAUAAGAAGAUAACAAGAAGUGACAAUAAAACCCGUAAAUCUGAGAAAUCAAAAGUUAAUCUUGAUGAUCAAAGCGAAAAUGUCCCGGACAAUUCAAGUAAGAAUAUUGAUCACGAGGAAAUGGAUAUUGAUGAAGUCAUGCCCGAGAAAUCAGUAACGUCUAAGCAUUCGACCAGAAAAACUAAUGCGACGUCAAAGAGUGACACGAAGAAAAAACAAAUCAAGAAGGAAAAGGAUAAUGAAUUUGAUGCCAACGAGAUUGAAUCAAAAUUACAGAAAAGGUCUAAUGAUGAGGAUGAUGGAUUCAUUUCUACGGAAGAUCAUCUUUCCAAGAAAAAACAAAAGAAAUCGAAGAAAGAUAGUGAUGAAAGUGAAUUUGAAGAUGUUGAUGUUAAAACGGACAUCGAAAAUAAAAAAGUUAAAAAAGUUGCAGCGAGAAAGCCAUCACGGUCGUCGGCAGAAUUUGAAGUUGAUGAAUCCAAGCCCACUAAGGAUACUCCCGAAGCAUCAUCAUCAAAGUCCAAUAAAGGGUUUUCCUACCGUAACUUUUUGCAAAAAAGAACCGGUCCAUCAGCACCUGGAUCGAAGGAAGUACCUGUUGGCGCAGAUAAUUGUUUGAUAGGUCUGACUUUCGUUUUUACUGGUGAUUUGGAAUCCCUCAGCCGGGAAGAGUCGCAGGACCUUGUUAAACGUUAUGGAGGCAAAGUAACCGCCUCUGGUCCAAGUUCGCGCACUUCAUACGUUGUCGUUGGCGAUAACCCUGGUCCAAAAAAAAUGGAAAAGGUCAAACAACUUAAAAUCCCAACUCUAACCGAAGAUCAACUAUUAGAGCUCGUCAAGACAUCACCUGGGAAAUCCGAAUCUUCUGGUGUGAGCCCCAAAAAAUCAAAACCGCAUCCUUCCAGCACUGAAAAAGAGAUGGAGAAAAUUCUGCAACCCUCUUCACCCUCAGACUCUUCUAGCGCGGAUACUGGUUCGUCACAAUUGUGGACUGAGAAAUACAAGCCAACAUCAAUCAAAGAAGUUUGUGGUAACAAGACGCAAGUUGAAGGCCUUCAGAGAUGGUUGAGCACAUGGGACGAAAAUAGUAAAAAAGGAUUUAAAUUUCAAACAAACAAUUCUUUUCCCGCGGCGUUAUUAUCCGGAAAUCCUGGGAUCGGAAAAACCACUGCUGCACAUUUGGUUGCUAAAAACGAAGGCUAUGAUGUCAUGGAGUUCAAUGCAAGCGAUGCACGAAGUAAAAAGGCGUUGGAUGAGGCUGUCAAAAUCGCUACACAUAAUACAUCUAUCUCAUGGUUCGCUCAUGAUGAAUCUGCUUCCAGUCAGGACUCGGAGAACGCAAAUAAAAUUUUAAUCAUUAUGGAUGAGGUCGACGGUAUGUCUGCCGGAGACAGAGGUGGAAUGGCGGAACUUAUAAAAUUAAUUAGGAAAACACAGUUUUUUAAUGCGUUUAGGGAAAAGAUUAAAUUCAAUUCGUCCAAUGCAAUCGAUGAACUAGUCAGGGGAGCCAAUUCAGACAUUCGUCAGGUCUUAACUCAACUUUCUUCGUUAAAAAUUACACAUGACACUAUAAAUUACGAUGAGGUCAAAGAGUUUGGAAAGGCAUUUGAAAAAAAUACUAGCAUGAACCUGUGGACCAUCGCCGCUACCAUCCUUGGCGCUUCGACGUGGAAUCCGCGUAACAAAUCCAGCUUGAAUGAUAAGUUGGAUCUUUAUUUUCUCGAAUCUGACUUAUUACCUUUGAUGGUUCAAGAAAAUUAUUUGAAAAUCAGCCCAGAUCGUUCCUCGGAGUUUAAAAAAAGUAACGCGGGGAACCCUCAACUCCUUGAACAGAUCGCCACCAUGGAAGCAUUUAGUAAAGCCGCUGACUGCAUUUCAGAUGGGGACCUUGCCGACAGGAUGAUACACGGUUCUCAACAUUGGUCAUUGAUGCCGAUUCACGGAAUGUUUUCUUGUAUUCUUCCAGCAUAUCACGUCCAUGGUGGCAGUUCAUCUCAAUUCGCGUUUCCAAGUUGGUUGGGUCAAAAUUCCAAGGCCUCAAAGUAUCAACGAAUCUUGAAAGAACUACAGAUUCAUAUGCGAUUAAAAAUAUCUGGCGACAAGAGUGAAGUUCGAUUGAAUUAUAUCCCCGCCUUAUUUUCAGCAUUAUCCCUUCCACUUAUCAAUGAGGGUUCGGAAAGCAUUGAUCGAAUCAUUGAGUCCAUGAACUAUUAUUAUCUCAGUAAAGAUGACUGGGAUGCGAUAAUUGAAUUGGGCGUUGGUUCUAAUGAUGGCGAAAAGACGUUGAAAAAGAUCGACAAAAGCGUCAAGUCGAACUUCACCCGAAGAUACAACGCCUCCUCACACCCAAUUCCCUUUCUUAAAGCCUCUGCGGUUAGCUCGGUGUCUAAAUUUGCAAGCUCUGCCGAGGUUCCUGAUUUUGAGGAGGCAGUCGAACAGGAACAAGAAACUAAGGAAGAUGAAGAGGCUGCUACCGAUGAAGAUGAGGAUUUAUCAAAGGACAAAUUCAUCAAGAAAAGAGGUGAUGCUGGAGAGGGUUCUGUUCGUGGCAGACGCAGUUCAGGUGGGGCCAGUAGGGGUAGGCGCAAGUCUAGUAGCAAAAAAUAA